AUCCCCCGACGUCACCCGUACGGGGCCCAUUUUCAACCUAGAGAGAGCCAUUAAACAACUGUGCUGCUGCGGCAAUCACUGCAGCCCGUCACAAUGUCUUAUAUGAAGAAAGAUGAGGACGCUGAUCAGUCCAUGAUCAAGCUGGAUCGGACCUCCGUGUUUCAAGAUGCGCGACUGUUCAAUUCCUCUCCCAUAUCUCCUCGAACAUGCCGUACUCUCCUGACCAAGAUCGCCGUCCUCCUUUUUACCGGGGAGCAGUUCCCCACGAACGAGGCCACCACAUUGUUCUUCGGCAUUUCCAAGCUAUUCCAGAACAAGGACCCUUCUCUGCGACAAAUGGUCUACCUGAUCUUGAAGGAACUUGCAAACACGGCGGAGGAUGUGAUCAUGUCAACCAGCAUUAUCAUGAAGGACACUGCUGUCGGCAGCGACGUUCUGUAUCGGGCAAAUGCCAUCCGUGCCUUGUGCCGCAUCAUUGACGCUACUACUGUGCAAGGUAUCGAGAGAUUAAUCAAGACCGCUAUCGUCGACAAGACCCCUUCGGUAUCCUCCGCAGCGCUGGUCUCCUCCUAUCACCUUCUUCCGAUCGCGCGCGAUGUGGUCCGUAGAUGGCAGAGUGAGACGCAAGAGGCUGCUUCGGGCGGGAAGCAAUCGACUGGAUUCCUUGGGUUUGGUGGCAGCUCUCAGGCUCACGCCAUCUCGCAAUCGAACUUCAUGACUCAAUACCACGCCAUUGGUCUCCUUUACCAGAUGCGCUCGCAUGACCGUAUGGCUCUGGUGAAGAUGGUUCAGCAGUAUGGUGCGGCUGGAGUGGUCAAGAGCCCCGCGGCUCUUGUCCUUCUGGUGCGGUUGGCGGCUAAGCUGGCGGAAGAAGACCAGGGCUUGAGAAAGCCUAUGAUGCAGAUGCUUGAUGGCUGGCUCCGACACAAGCAUGAGAUGGUCAACUUCGAAGCGGCAAAGGCCAUCUGCGAUAUGAGGGAUGUCUCGGACGCGGAAGCCUCCCAGGCCGUCCAUGUCUUGCAGCUGUUCCUUUCCUCGCCCCGCUCUAUCACCAAGUUUGCUGCAAUCCGCAUCCUUCAUAACUUCGCAAGCUUCAAGCCUCACGUGGUGAACGUCUGCAACCCCGAUAUCGAAGCCCUUAUCUCCAACUCCAACCGUUCCAUCGCCACAUUUGCCAUCACGACUCUUCUGAAGACCGGUAACGAGGCCAGCGUCGAUCGCCUGAUGAAGCAGAUUUCCGGCUUCAUGGCAGACAUCACGGACGAAUUCAAGAUCACGAUUGUGGAAGCCAUUCGCACCUUGUGCCUCAAGUUCCCUAGCAAGCAGGCCGGCAUGCUUUCGUUCCUAAGCGGCAUUCUGAGAGAUGAGGGUGGCUACGAGUUCAAGCGCAGUGUGGUUGAGAGCAUGUUCGACCUCAUCAAGUUUGUCCCCGAAAGCCAGGAGGAUGCGCUCGCCCAUCUGUGUGAAUUCAUCGAGGACUGCGAGUUCACCAAGUUGUCCGUCAGGAUAUUGCACUUGCUUGGUGUGGAGGGACCUAAGACGUCACACCCUACCAAGUUUAUUCGCUACAUCUACAACCGUGUCGUUUUGGAGAAUGCCAUUGUGCGAGCUGCCGCCGUGACCGCUUUGGCCAAGUUCGGUGUCGGACAGAAGGAUCCUGAAGUCAAGUCCAGUGUUUCGGUCCUUCUCACCCGAUGCCUGGAUGACGUCGAUGACGAAGUGCGUGACCGUGCUGCCCUCAAUCUGCGGUUGAUGAGCGAAGAGGAUGAGACUGCUAGCCGCUUUAUCAGCAACGAAUCCAUGUAUUCGCUUUCGACAUUCGAGCACCAGCUCGUGAUGUAUGUUACAUCAACAGACAAGGCGACGUUCGAUGCUGCAUUCGACGUUGCCACGAUCCCGGUUGUUUCACAGGAGCAGGCAUUGGCUGAGGAGCGGACCAAGAAGCUCACAAGCGCGACGCCCACUCUCAAGGCACCUUCGACUGGCCCGCCCAAGGGCAAGGCCAACGGUGUGGCCGAGGCCGUCACGGUCGCUGCCACUCAGAAAUACGCCGAACAGCUUAUGCAGAUUCCAGAGCUCAAGGAGUACGGCACUUUGCUCAAGUCCUCUGCGCCUGUUGAACUUACUGAGAGCGAGACGGAGUAUGUGGUUACGGCUGUUAAGCACAUCUUCAAGGAGCACGUUGUGCUGCAGUACGACAUCAAGAACACUCUGCCGGACACUGUUCUGGAAGACGUGACAGUAGUUGCGACGCCGUCGGAGGAAGAUGUUUUGGAGGAGGAAUUCAUCGUUCCUGCUCCUAAGCUGGCCACAAAUGAGCCCGGUAUUGUUUACGUCACUUUCAGGAAACUUGCUGGCGAGCACAGCGUUCCUGUUAUCUCCUUUACGAACAACCUCAAGUUCACCAGUAAAGAGAUCGACCGCACUACCGGCGAGCCUGAGGACAGCGGCUAUGAUGACGAGUACCAGGUUGAGGACCUUGAUCUCACGGGCAGUGAGUACGUUAUCCCAACCUUUGCUGGCAGCUUCGACCACGUGUGGGAACAGACGGGUGCCAACGGUGAGGAGGUCAGCGAGACUCUUCAGCUCAGCAACAUGAAGGGCAUCUCAGAUGCCACCGAGCAACUAAUCUCUACGCUCUCCCUGCAGCCCCUCGAGGGCACGGAUGUGGCCCUCAGCAACAGCACGCAUACACUGAAACUGUUCGGAAAGACAGUGACAGGCGGCCGGGUUGCAUCCCUUAUCAAGAUGGCCUUCUCCAGCAAGACUGGAGUGACCAUGAAGAUUGUCGUCCGGGCGGAGGAAGAAGGAGUUGCGCCUGCUGUGAUUGCGUCCGUUUCCUGAGCUUCAUGGACCCCUGUAAAUGUGUAAAGGAGGCAUGUUCGCGAGGCGCAUGAGCCCUGCAUUAUGAGAUCAGAUAUUUCUUGUUUCCCCCCUGCUUCAUUUUCAUUUCCCUUUUUAUUCUUUUUUUCUCUUCAUCUAUAAUUCUGGUGCCGAGUUAGAUGCGAUGAAUAUCUUGCGUAGGCGUCAAA